AUGUCUUGGACCCGUGAACAAGAUUGGGCCAAAUCGUCCUGGGCUAGUUCGUCUUGGGAAAAGAAAGGAUCGUCGGGUUGGAACAACCGUGACUGGCAAAAAUCUCCUCAAUAUUCCGUUCCCAGCACCAAUGUUGCUAUCCCAUCGUCUUUUACCAGUGACUGGGAGUGCUAUGACACGAAUGCUAUUUCGGGCAAGAGAUUCUUUCGCAACAUCCAAUCCACACCCUGGUCUACCAAAGCUGGACUGGCUGGAAAAGAUGUGGCAGAUCUACGUGUUUCAGACCUGACGCGGAAAGGUCUCGAUGACUUCAGUCUCCGAUGUUUGUCCAACGGAGAAUUUCAGAGCCUGGUGUUCGUGAGGUCGAUUUCUGAAGCAGUUUUUGUGUCAAACUUGCUUCGUCACAUCCGGCAAGACCGCAUCGAUCUUGAUGCCGUGGCAGCAAAUAUGCACGGCCCGGCUCCGCCAGACAAGCAUAAAGAGUCAGCCAGAUUUAUGCAACCAUUGCUUGGCGAAAUUGUUUCAACAAUCAAAGCCAAUUCGCCUCCUCCGGCGGACUCCAGCCAGCAAUCGCCUGAGAGUGAACAGCUUGCUCGUGCUAAGCGCAAGCUGAAAGAAGCUGGAAUUGCUCUUACUCCGGAGAAGAAGCAGGCAAAAACCAGCCCGCUUCCCACCACUUCACCCUCACCUUCAGCUGAGCAGAUUUUGAAAGCGGAACUCAAGAAUCCGCCGAACUCUGUUCCGAGUUCCAGCUCACCUGAUGUCGUAGAGAAAUGGCUCAAGAAGCAUCAGAGCCAGUUUCGUGGUCAAGCUGCAUCUUUUAAGAAACAUGUGGCUGAUGUUUGCUCUGUGCUGAAAGAUUCAGCCACUGAUCGGCAAAGCGUGGCAGACCUUGCUGUCAAGUACGGCUUGAAGAAAAGCCAUGCAAGCAAGAUGUCCUUCACCAAUUUGUCUUCAUUCAUUGGUGCAUGUCAGUUUGUCCGUAAGAGACUUGCGUCAGCAGUGUGCACGCUUGGCACAGCAGCAGCCUUCAUGUUGGAGUUUGGCGAUGGAAUACCCAAGGCUCCACUAAUUUGGGUGCAUACGCUGAUGUCGUUGGUGUUGUUGUUUUAUCUCAACGCACCCAGCCGGGAAGAUUCGCACAGGUCCAAACUCGUUCGGAAGUUGCAGCAGUUCGGAGUGGAUCCAGAUACUCUGCACUAUUCUCUGUUUGAGAAGCCGAACACUGUGUAUUGCAUUUUUCAAGUUUAUUUCGACAUGGGUCGAUUUCGUUCGGGCUACCGUCAGCCCUCUUCACUUCUGUAUGUGGGAAGCACUGCUGUCGGUGCAGCCAAGCGGUAUUGGGCGUCCCAUCUGAACCUCUUUCAGUUUGUACUUGUCCCGCUGGAAUGCUAUGAGAGCUACCAGCAAGCUUGGACCGUUGAGCACGAACUCAUCGCUCAAUGGCAGGAGUGCGAGAAGUGGUUAAAAGACCUCAUCCUGCGUUACAAGUAUCUUUUUCCAUCUUUUCAUGUUCCAAAGAACAGCCUACGUGAAGUUCCGCACCAGAGUAUCAGGAAAUUUCUCCAUAAUUUCCGAUCUUGGGAAGAAACGAUGUGGGAACACGACUUCAAGUUGGAGUCGGUUCACUGUCCGUGUAAUCAGUUUGCAGGAAAACUUCCUGCUCAUUGCUUUGUGUCUGGCCAUGUAGCCACGGGUUUGGAGAACCUGACCAAGCUACUGCCAGACUGCAAGAGCAUCUUAUCGGCCAGUGCCGCGAGCACCUUUCUCCCCGGCCGCAAUCACUGGAUGGCCAAGUCCAGAGCUCUGUUUGAUCAGUGGCUCAAGAGACACAAGCUACCAGCGACGUUGCAUCCGAUUUUUCAAUCUUUUUGCGAUCACCAGUGGCAGCAACACGUCGCAGCCCUGGAACAAUCCGACAGACUACACUGGGCUUUGGUACAGAAGGUUCUGUACAACGAAGAUCAUCAUCCGAAUCAUGUUGUAUGCUAUUGUCCUCGCUUCUUCCUUCGAGGAGUCAGCAACACAUGGAACGAUCCCGCAGUGUUUUGCACUCUUGAUGGUACGCCAGAAGAGUGGCGACAGCGCAUUUUGAAGCGCGUUCCGGGAGAUCUGUCCAGAAGAUAUGCCUGGGCUUUCACAGAAGCCGCUCCGCUGCCUCAGGGCACUGUGUUCCUGAAACGGAAAAAACAGUUUGCCAAGGGACGGACUAUUAUUUCGUAUUCCAAUUCUUUGUGCAGCAAACUGUUACAGCUGACUUCCAUUGCGUUAACCUUAAUGGUCAAGACGCUGUUUACUGACAGCCCCGGCAUGCAGAGCAUGCCACAGCUAUGGAAGUCUCUUCACGCUUACUGGGCGAAGCCCAGCCAGGAAGAAAACGUCGAAUGGAACGACGAUCUUGUGGGAUUUUUCAACGCAUCCAUACCACAGCUGCAUUGGUUUCAGCUGUGUAUCGGCCUGUCGAGGGAACUGUUCAACCCCGAGCCAUGGCCCAACAAUAUCAUUUUCACUUCUACGGAGGACCCCCUGGGGUGCUGCCUUCAAGCGGACCACAGCCUCCUGUUACGAUCCAUACGACUCCGGAUGAAGCAAGUAGAGCUCGAUCGGUUUCGGUGCAUCCGCCACCUCGAGCUCCUCUUCCGAUUCAAUUCGCACCGGGAGAGCCGACUAGGUCUGCUCAUCCGAGCCGUGAUCGUCGUGAUCGCAGUCGUUCGAGACGACGACGGCGUCGACAUCAUCGGCAUGAACGUCAACCUGAGGGACCUCCCGCGGCCCCGGUUCGACCUGUUCUACCUCCCAAUCUGCCUCCAGUUCGACCACCAACAAGGUCUGCUAGUGCAGCUCCUCCGGUGCGUCCGCCUUUUCGUUCAGCCAGCUUUGACAACAUGCCACCCCGGCCUAGACCCAGUUCUACUGAGCCGGACAUUUUCCGUUCCCGGCCUCGAAAAAACAGAGGGCCCAGCAACAGUCCGCAGCGACCUCCCGGGCAAUGGUUGCCCAGUUUUUCUGCUGGCAAUCCGAGCCAAAGGCCGGCUCACAAGAACAUUUCCCAAGACGCCUCCUAAGCACCCGGCUCCAAAGAGCCCAGUUCAUCCUGCUCAGCCCGUUUCGAUUUCGGUUGAUGAUGAGCAGUUAUUUCAAGCAACUCAUCGCAGCAGCUACGAGCAACUGCGCGAGCAAAUCACAGCUCGAGCCACUGGCCGCAAUGCUGUGGAUUUCUACGAGGAAGGAAUGAGCCCUCUCUUGGCAUAUAUGUUUGUGCAUUAUCAUGAGAAUUUUCUCACGACUGAAGGCCUACAUACGUGGCCUAUUAUCCCGCAUUCUCAUAUGCGACGAUUUACGGAUCGCAUUACAUUUACUCGGCAACGUUCACUGCCUGUUUCCAAGAUCCUCAAAGAGGAUGUCGAGGAAGUGCUGCGAUUUUUGUUGACCCGGUUUGGCCAGGCCGAUCGACCUUUUCUGCCUGUGAUUCCCAUUGGCCAACGGGAGGUUGUCACUCUUGCCCGGUCCAUUUUGGCCAGCAAGAUACCAUACAAAACAAUAUUUCAGCAUGAUGCCAAGGCGUAUGCCAUGCCUCAGGAAGCGUUGCAUGUUUGGGAGUUUCCAGUGGCACAUAUGCCAGGACCUGAAGAGCAGACCAACUGCUAUUAUCUUUGGGGACACGGGACCACAGCCGAAGGCCUGGUCGGCAUCCUCACGCUGGGCAGAGUUAUUCGCUCUAGCGCUGAAGCUGUACAUGUUGCGCCGCACGAUCAUGUGUGCUCCUUUUAUGGCAAGGCCACACGAAACGUGUAUUAUGAAGAGAGCAAAUUAGACUUCGUGUCGAAAUUGCACCACUCCACGAAGAAUUCCGCUGGAGUGGUCGUUGGAGGAUAUCUUGGAUCUGCGCAUCACAAAUCCAAAUCCUCCAGCACUGUCCAUGAAGGACAUUUGUGCAAAUUCCACGCGCUAGUGCACUCCCCCUCGGGAGAUAAGCGCUGGGCGGUGCGGGAGGCCGCCGGACGCAUUGACAAAAUCUGGAUUUUGUCAAGCACCCACUCCAUUUCUUUGCCGAUGUCCACCCCCAACAACCCCAGGCCCAUUACUUUUGAAACGGGGGAAGGGCAGGAUUGGGGAGUCAGCUGGCCUGGCUUGGAGUACUCUGUACGCAACACCAGAGCUUUGCCGGAUUCCGAUGUACAGAAUGAGGCCUAA